AUGCUGUGCCAUCAUGUCCACAAUAACAAGAUCGGGCAAGGAGGCUUCGGUCCUGUUUACAAGGGGAAAUUACAAGAAGGGCGAGAUAUCGCGGUGAAGAGGCUCUCACGAGCAUCGGGACAAGGACUCAACGAACUCGUGAACGAAGUGGUAGCGAUUUCUAAGUUGCAACAUCGGAAUCUGGUGAGAUUACUCGGCUGCCGCAUUGAAGGAGAAGAGAGGAUGUCGGUCUAUGAGUUCAUGCCAAAGAAGAGCCUAGAUUCGUAUAUAUUCGACGCGGUAAACAGAAAACUUCUCAAUUGGAAGACACGCUUCAGCAUAAUCGAAGGAAUAUGCAGAGGUCUUUUGUACAUUCACAGGGAUUCAAGGCUAAGAGUCAUACAUAGAGAUCUGAAAGCAAGCAACAUCUUGUUAGAUGAAGAUCUGAACCCGAAAAUUUCGGAUUUCGGGCUUGCAAGGGUUUUCCGGGGGAACGAAGGCGAAGCCAAUACCCGGAGAGUUGUUGGGACAUACGGAUAUAUGUCGCCGGAAUACGCAGUGGGAGGAUUGUUUUCAGAGAAAUCCGAUGUUUUCAGUUUAGGCGUUAUACUGUUAGAGAUCAUCAGCGGGAGAAGAAACUCAGGUUUCCUCGACGACGAGGAAGCCAUGAACCUUUUAACUCAUGCGUGGAGGCUGUGGAACGAAGACAAGGUUGUCGAUCUUGCGGAUCCCGAGUUCUACGAGGAGCGUUUUGAAAGGGAAGUACGGAAAUGCAUCCACGUCGGCCUUUUGUGCGUGCAGGAUCUUGCAACCGAUAGGCCGAGCGUUUCAGCCGUGGUUUGGAUGCUCGGUGCAGAAGACGCAGACCUCCCCGAGCCAAAGCCACCCGCGUUUAUACCGAGAUGGCGCGUUACAAACGCAGAAUCCUCCGAGCCACGUGACCGUAACGUCUCCAUCAACAAUGUGACCAUCUCAUCAAUCACUGGGCACUAGUGGUUGAAGCCGACGGAAUGUUUAUUUUUUAAUUAUGUAAUUGACGCGCGUAUUUUACUCAAAUGAUACACUUGACUUGAGUGCACCUAUUUUUUCGGUGCACCAUAAAAAAACAAUUUUUUUUUUCAAUUUUUAUAUCACUUCUCGA